AUGUUCAUCGCCCGCCGGGCUCCCAUCUUCUUCGCUUCUAGACCAUCUCUACUCCCUUUCUCAACCACAAAUACCCGCCUCUUCUCCGCAGCCAUGGCAACAGCAACAACAGCAGAGGCAGCGCCCUUGCCCAAGGCCCCCUAUGUUCCCCAGGACGUCGAAAAGGUCGCCAGCAUGGUGCGCGCCCUUGACGGCGCCAAGAAGCUCAGCAAGUCCAAAGCCGGAGGCUUCUCCUGUAAGAAGACGUCGUUCGACGUAAAGACGUCCCAGGAUGGCGUCGUCGUCGACUCGUGGAAGAUGCAGGAGUGGGACUACAAGAAGAAAGACCUGCCCACCUACGCCCGCGGCCUCUUUACAACAAAGAACCGGGGCAACGAGCCCGAGAUCGUCGUGCGUGGCUACGACAAGUUCUUCAACGUCGGCGAGGUCCCCGAGACAAAGUGGGAGAACAUACUCACGCGCACGAGGGGGCCGUACGAGCUCACCCUCAAGGAGAACGGCUGCAUCAUCUUCGUCUCGGGCCUUGAGGACGGCACCCUGCUCGUCUGCAGCAAGCACUCGACCGGUGAGAGAGGCGACUCCGACAUCAGCCACGCCAUCGCCGGAGAGCGCAUGAUCGAGAAGCAGCUGGCCGCCCUGGGCAAGACCAAAGAGGACCUCGCCAGGGAGCUGCGCGACCGCAACGCCACCGCCGUCGCCGAGCUCUGUGACGACGCCUUCGAAGAGCACAUCCUCGAGUACGGUCCGGACAAGGCUGGCCUGUACAUCCACGGCAUCAACCUCAACCUGCCUGAGUUCGUCACCUACCCUAGCACCCUGGUUCAGUCCUUCGGCGAUGCCUGGGGCUUCCGCCAGGUCGGCCUCAUCACCAUGCACGACGUCAACGAGGUCAAGGCCUUCCUCGAGCAGGUUGCCGAGACGGGCGCCUACGGCGACCGCGACGUCGAGGGUUUCGUCAUCCGCUGCAAGGAGAGCCACGACCCGGCCUCGGCCCCUUACCGCGACUGGUUCUUCAAGUACAAGUUCGAAGAGCCUUACCUAAUGUACCGCCAGUGGAGAGAGUGCACCAAGGCCAUGAUCACGGGCAAGCCACCGCGCUACAAGAAGCACAUCAAGAUCACCGAGGAGUACCUCCUCUACGCCCGCCGCCGCCUCCAGGCCGACAAGGACCUCGCCAAGCUCUACCAGCAGAACCACGGCAUCAUCGCCCUGCGCAACGACUUCCUCGCCUUCAAGAAUAUCAAGGGCGCCGACGCCGCCAACCUCGAGCUCUCGGACGUGUCCGCCGCCGCCACCGUCCGCCCCGAAGUCGCCCGGGACGUCAUCCUCGUGCCCAUCGCCACCAUCGGCUGCGGCAAGACCACCAUCGCCGUCGCCCUGCAACACCUCUUCGGCUGGGGUCACGUCCAGAACGACAACAUCUCGGGCAAGGGCCGCCCGCCACGCUUCACAAAGGCCGUUCUCGACCUGCUCCGCGACGUCCCUGUCGUCGUCGCCGACCGUAACAACGCCCAGAAGCACGAGCGCCGUCAGAUCCUCACCGAUGUCAAGGUCCAGCACCAGACGGCCCGCCUCGUCGCCCUCUACUUCGCCCACGACGAUGCCAACCUCGACGAGGUCCGCCGCGUCACCCAGGAGCGCGUCCUUGCCCGCGGCGACAACCACCAGACCAUCCACGCCGCCACCGACGCCGAAAAGUUCCUCGGCGUCAUGGAGGGCUUCGUCACCCGCUUCGAGCCCGUCGUUCCUUUCUCCCCGCCCGACGACGGCUUCGACAACAUCAUUCACCUCGACCCCACCGCCGGCAGCCGCGAGAACCUCGAAAAGGUCAUCGCCGGCCUUCACGCCAUGUACCCGAACCUCGUUCCCGAGGUGCCCCCAGCCGAGCGCCUCGACGAGGCCAUCCGCUCCGCCUUUGACGAGUACAAGCCCGAGUUUAAGCACAACAUCCCCGACCGCGGCCCGCGCAAGGACAGGCCCGCGGGGGCCGCCGCCCAAAACCAGCCGGGCGGCAAGCCCAAGAAGAAGAAGCCCCUCGAGUACAUGUCGGUCGACGUCCCCGCCAACGAGAUCCGUGGUGUGCUCGACGGCGCCUUCAACAAGGCCGGAAUGCCCACCUCGCGCUUCUACAAGCAGCUCUUCCAGACCCGCCGCGUUCAGCCAAAAUUCCACGUCACCCUGAUGCACCGUGCCAGCUCUAAAGACAACUCGGAGUUGUGGUCCAAGUACCUGGCCAUCCACGCCGAGGCAGAAAAGGCGGCCGGCGGCAACCAGGAGGCCGCCAGCGCCCAAGCCCUGGGCGAGUGCGCCGUCGAGCUUGAGAGAGCUGUCUUCGACGACCGUGUCAUGGCCAUCGUUGUGCGCCUCGUCGACCCCUCGGGUCAGUGGCAGUGCACCAACAACGUCGCACACAUCACCGUCGGCACACGCGACGAGUCGGUCAAGCCCAAGGAGAGCAAUGAACUCCUCGCCCGCUGGCUCGACAAGGGUACCGGCGCAGACACGGGCAUCGACGAGGUCGUCUUCGACAAUAAGCCUGUCUUACAGGGGACUGUCCGAGGUGUCCUCUCGCGAUGA